AUGGCGGACUUCGGUCGUCACAGCGCCUUGUUUUUGUCCAGCGCAGAACUCUUGUUACGGCUGCCACCGUUGCUGGUGCCUACGUUGCACUACGCUGCGUUGAACUCCGCGAUCGUGAUGUUCGUCGGUCGCUUCCGCCAAGUUGGACGCAGACGUUUUGCCCAGGGGCGACCCGUAAUAUUUUAUCAAGACGCUGUAAUUGGGUUUGAAUUCUCUGGUCGCCUCUCGAGCGGCCGCCGUGUCAUGGGAAUGAGAAUGGGAGGUUGCGUGACUACGGAGAUAAUAGUUCCUGAGUUUUUCUUAUGGGAUGUACCUGAUGAAAUGACUCUACUUGAAGCUUCCACUAUACCUGCUGCCUAUGGAACG